GCACGUUGGGCCUGUGGCCUGUUCAUCGACGAACCUGCUCUCCUCGUCGUCUGCCCCGUCGUCCAGCCCCGCCGCCCGCUCCCUGUGCUGCCCGCAAGCGCACGCAGCACCCGCCGCGAAGCCGCGAGAUAGGCCCGAAGGAUCGUCCCGUUCAAGAUGUCACACGCCGGUUCAUACGAUUCCUCUCACUCUCAAUCUGUCAUGACCGAGGACGAAGAGGACUGGGAGGACUACGUGAAGGGCGGCUACCACCCCGUCCACAUUGGCGACACAUUUUCCGACGCCAGAUACACCGUCGUCCGCAAGCUCGGCUGGGGUCACUUUUCCACAGUAUGGCUCGCGAAGGAUGCAAAAUUGGACCGUCAUGUCGCCCUCAAAGUCGUCAAAUCCGCACCACGCUACACCGAGACCGCCCUCGACGAGAUCAAGCUCCUCCAGCGACUCAUCACAUCCUCCUCACCACCCGUCCAGCCUACCCCCAACAACCCAAACCCACAGCCAUCACCGUCCCAGACACACCCCGGACGUUCACAUGUCAUUUCUUUUCUAGACCAUUUCCGACACAAAGGUCCCAACGGCACCCAUGUUUGCAUGGUCUUCGAGGUGCUCGGCGAGAAUCUGCUCGGUCUCAUCAAGCGGCAUCAGAACAAGGGCGUCCCCAUGCCCCUCGUCAAGCAGAUUGCGAAGCAGAUUCUCCUCGGUCUCGACUACAUGCACCGCUGCUGCGGCGUCAUUCACACGGACCUCAAGCCCGAGAACGUCCUCAUCUGUAUCGACGACGUCGAGUCGAUUAUCGAGGCCGAGCUCUCCGCGCAAUCCGCCUCCGCAACGCCCCCGCCAACACGGCUGGUCGGUGUCCCGCCCUCGCGCGGCCGUGGCGGGAACCAGACGCCGCGCUCAGAGUCCAUCUUCAUCACCGGAUCUCAACCACUCCCUUCACCGUCAUCUUCCUUUGGCUCUACCUCACACCUCGACCGAUGGUCAUUUGGGAUGAGCAAAAUAGAGGCGGACGGGGCGGCGAGCGGACCAGGGUCAGCUGGGAGCCCAUCGGAGAGCAUUGACGUCAAGGAGAUAUCCAAACGCGCGGACUCGACAGAGCAGGCGGCCGAGCGCAUGUCGGGCGUCAACCUGAAUACCUCGCCAUUUGGCGAGAAGACCCGUCCGGAGAAGCCUAGUAGGCCGACAGCGGGUCCGUCGUUGCUGUCGCAGCAGGCGCUUUCUAAGAGCGCAGGGACUGUGCCCGGCGAGUCGGGCCCGCAACCGAUUGCUGGAUCUAGCAGCCACCCGCCACCAGCGUCGUACACAUCGGAACAGGGCAGCCUCUCGGAGGGCGUGGCAGCCCCGCCCGCCGGCGAGAGCGCGAUGUCGGUGGAUGCUGCGCUGCCGGUUAUGGACGGGUUGGAGAAGAUCACAGUCAAGAUCGCCGAUUUGGGUAACGCGACGUGGGUUGAGCAUCACUUCACCGAUGACAUCCAAACACGACAAUACCGGUGUCCAGAAGUCAUUCUCGGCGCAAAAUGGGGUCCUAGCGCGGACAUCUGGAGUGUAGCUUGCAUCAUCUUCGAGCUAUUGACAGGUGGUGACUAUCUCUUCGAUCCAGCUUCCGGGUCUCGGUACAGCAAGGACGACGAUCAUAUUGCUCAAAUCAUGGAGCUCAUGGGCGAGUUCCCGAAGAGCAUAGCCUUCUCAGGCAAGUAUAGCUCGGACUUCUUCAAUCGGAAAGGGGAACUGCGACACAUCCAGAAGCUGCGAUUCUGGCCACUAGAUUCCGUCCUGCACGACAAGUACCUACUCCCCAAGGAGGAAGCGGAUCUCAUCGCCUCCUUCCUCACUCCUAUGCUCCGCCUCCACCCGGACAAGCGAGCACCUGCCAGCGAGCUCGUCCACCACAAGUGGCUCGAAGGGAUCGCGGUGCAGGGCGAAGUCGACGUGAUGCGGCGGCAAGAAGACGAGCGGCGCCGAAAACAGAUUGACGGCAGCAGCAGGGCUGCGAGCAAGCAGCCCCUGAAAGACUCGGACGCGGAUGCGAUGAAGCCCGUCGACGCGGAUCCUACAAGUCCGCAGAGCCUGAGUGGGUUGGGAGCGGACCUCGACCGCGUCGUUCCCGUCCCGAAGCUCACGACGCCUGUGCCCACGAGCGCGAUGGCGAAGGAGAACGUCCAAACCCAUAUGCGGACAGGGAGCGGUGGGGUGCCGACGCUGCAUGCGAUACCCACGAACGGGAAGACGAAGUGAUACCUGCGUGGCGGGACUUGUC